AUGCCUGAUGACUUGCAUUCAUCAGGCGAGCCCACUGAAGAGAGGGUUAGAUCUUCCAUGACCGUCGAGACGACUCUGGACGACGGCACAACUAUAAAUUUGACCGUUUCCCCCGCCUCAACAGAAUCCUCAGCAGUCACUACAACGACAACUUUCACUGACAGUUCCUUCUUCUUUCACAUCAGUACCUCGCUUCCCAAUCAUACUCUGCCGCUACCCACAGCUCCAACCUUUUCAGAAGUCCCUUCUCCCAUCAAUCUGCCUUCGGACACACGUCCGAAGCCCGACAGCGAAAAGCUAUCCGCAAGACAACUCCCAAGACUAAGCAAUAUGUCUAAGACUCUUCCCGAGGACGUUGUUGCCAUCGACACUGGCAAGAAGAGUUUCUUGUUCUACGUCGUUCCCAGCAGCAAGGGUAAUCAGUUGGUCUAUCUAGAGUCUCCUGACGAUACUGGCACGGGUGACUACACUCGUCAUGUAAUCAGAAAGGCGUAUGACCCAAUUGCCAAGGAGGAGCAGGAUCGUUACAAAGAAAUCUAUGUUUCCAACGAAAACAAGCAGGUCGCCGCGAUCACCUGGCUCGGUCCCAAGGGCGUUGAGAUCCGUGUGUACUACGUCGAGCCAGUGAACCAGAACAUUCGAGAGCUUUGCAUGACUGGCGAUACGACGACCUGGGAGAUCGGAUCCCUUUCUUGGAACCAAAAGAUCAGCUCGAAGUUCCAGGUCCGGCCUAACUCUUCCAUCUCUGCCUCUGUCCAUGUUUAUGAUGCUGGUAACUUCAACUACAACCUGAGAGUCUUUGCCGCGGAGCAGAAUAAGAUGAGCGACAAUGAUCUUCCCCAGAUUCACGUCUACAAGUUCAAACGCGACGAGUCCAAGAAGCCUGCGUCUUGGGGUUUCGACGCCAUCACCAACGAGCUCACCGAGUUCUAA